AUGGACGCCUCCUCGGUCGAUGACGACCCCAUCGUCGCCUCGUACAACCUUUUGCUCAACCCCGCCCUGCCCCAGGGUCGCAAGCUAUGGGUCCUCCAGCAGCCGAACACGACGAACCCCGACCAGGCCCCUCCCACCGAGAUGCGCCUCAAGUCCAUGGCCGGCAUGGUCGAGGUGGACAUCCCCCUCGACUACCAGCGCGGCUAUGAUCGCGACAAGGGCAUGCACUGGGGCCGCCACCUCAAGAACUCCCUCGUCAGCAAGAACGGCGGCACCCACGGCCUGUCCGGCGGUUUCGGCGUCGGCGCGGCGCCCCCGCGGCAGAAGAAGCGCCAGGACGACCGAGACGACGAUCUCUUCCUCGACUGGAGCGAGGCCGUCCGCCAGGACAAGGUGCUGCGGACCCAAACAAUGGGCGGCACUUGCCCGGACUCGAAGGAGGUGCAGUACAUGAUUGGCGUCUUCCAAGGUGAGGACGUACACCUGACGCCCGUCUCCAACCUCGUGCACCUCCGCCCGCAGCUCCACCACAUCGACGCCGUCACGUACCAGGAGCGCAACUCCUCUGCGGCCGCCAGCAAGGAGAAUGGCGCUGCCGCAGGCGGCGGCGGCGCGGCCGCCAAAGCGAUUCACAUGACCAUCAAGCAGAGCGGCGACGGCAGCGCGGCGCAAAAGCGACACCAUGCUCGACCGGCUGCGGUCCGUGCAGUCGUAAACACUGGGCGGAAACUCAAGUACACGGACGAAAACGACGAGGCCGCCUGGGAGGAGGAGGAGGACAAAGAAGGAGACGAAAAGACGAGCAAGGUGGUCGAGGCUUUAAGCAUUGCGGAAAACGCCUCCAAGCUCGGCACCGACUGGAACGACGAUGACCUGCUGGAGGCUGUCAGUGGCAUUGUCAAGCCCAAGCCCAUCUCCAAGGAAGAGCAAAAGCGGGCGGCCGAGGAGGCUGCGGCUGCACAGGCGGCUGCUGAAGCGGCAGCCAAAGGCAGACCCCGUGCCAGGGGUGGUGCUGUAGCACGUGGCCGUGGACGGGGACGAGGCGCUACGACUCGUGGUGCUUGA